UUUUGUUAGCACCUUUGCAUCGACCCACACGGCCUGACUGAAAGAACGGGGUGCAACACAAGAACGUGCGGCAAGAACCAGCGUGCCGUGGCAUGCGAUGGGGUUCACCAAGUUCGAGCAGGAACAGCUGCGACGCCUCAUUGCCGGCCAGGCGGAGAAAAAUGAGGACAAUAAACCAAGAAGGCGGUUCGUAUCCUCACGCACGAAGACCAUGAUGUUGCGGAGCCCCAUCGACGUGCGGGAUCUGAGCUUCAGGUUGCAGACCUUCCCCUUCUUCUCCAACUCCCACCGGGACUUCCUCUCCUUACUCUCCCGAGAGCUGGACAUCCGAAUCUUCCAUCCGGGUCAGACGGUUCUACGAGAAGGCGAGUAUGGAGAGAUGACCUACAUUUUGGUCCAUGGAGAGGUGGAGGUGGUUACCGAGUCCAUGUCGGAGACCCAUCCGCCCAUCCGCAUGCGGGCGCCCAGCAUCUUCGGGGAGAGCCCUCUGCUGAUCGGGGCACCGGCGAGGCGGACUGCCACGGUCAUCGCCCGAGCCAUUUGCGAUGUGCGCAUGGUGCACCAGCGGAUCUUCAAUCAGCUGUUGAGCCACUUCCCCAGCGAGCGGCUUGUCUACCGGAAGAUGGCGAAAGAGCGCUACGGCAAGAGGCGGAGACCUCGACGAGGCGCCUCCAUUUCCUCCACCGACUCCAAGGA